AUGGUGAAGUCUGAUCCCGUAAGAUAUUUGCUUACAAGGCCGGUGUUAUCCGGACGCCUUGCACGUUGGCUGCUACAACUGUCCGAGUUUGAUAUCACCUGCACCACUCCAAAAGCCAUCAAAGGGCAGGCCGUGAUUGACAUGUUGGCUCUAUUUCCCGAAGUUGAAGAAUCAACAAUCUCUAAGGAAGUUCUGGGGGAGCUGCCGGAAAUGGUUGCUGUAGUCACAGAGGCAGAACCAUGGACCCUCUACUUCGAUGGGUCUUCUACAUCGAAGGGUGGAGGGGCAGGUGUGGUGCUUGUCAAUCCCGAGGGGCAAGCCACGACCCUCUCAUUUAAGCUAAAUUUCCCAUGCACAAAUAAUACGGCAGAGUACGAAGCUUUUAUUGCAGGGAUGUCUACAGCAAGGGAAAUGGGUGUCAAAAGAAUUAAAAUUAUUGGGGAUUCAAACUUGGUGCUGAGUCAAUUACAAGGAAAUUUCGCCGUGAAGGAACCAGCAUUGGCACCAUAUCGUACAGCUGCUGAAAGGCUUGUUCGUUCUUUCAAACAGGUUGUGUUGGAACAUAUCCCGGGGGUCACUAAUAGAUAUGCUGAUGCGUUGGCCACUUUGGGGUCGAGGCUCUCAUUUAUUGAAGAACAGCCCAAUAUUGCAGUAAUCAAGAAGGACACGCCAGUUGUUGAAGCAAUGGCUCAAGAGGAGCAGCUGGAAGAGGAUGACUGGAGGAAGCUUGUGAAAGAAAAAAUAGGCAAAGGAAGCGACAUCAAAGAAUUGAAGGAUUAUGCGAUCAUCUUUGGGGAACUGUACAGACGCCUUCCGGGAGGUAUUUUGACCCGCUGCAUAGGGAUAACAGAAGCACAGGAGAAGCUUCAAGAGGUACAUGAGGUCACUUGCAAUUUGGAGCCAAUAAUCAGCUUGUACCGGCGCCUGCAGCGCAAGGGUUAUUACUGGCCAGAAAUGAGGAAACAAGCAGCUGAAAUACAAGCCAAUUGUCCCAAGUGUGCAAAGAUACCCUCCACCGAGGAAUCAUUCACCGUCUCGUUUGCGGAGGAUUGGAGGGCUCCAUACUUGGCAUCCUUCAUCAACGGAGUCUUGCCAACCAAUCCCAAGCAUGCACGCAAGCUCAAAAGGACAAUGAAAAGAUACUUCAUAGAUGGGUCAACUCUUUACCGUAAGGGGUUUAAUGGUGAGCCAUUAAAAUGCUUGGGAAAGUCAGAGGCACAGCAAGUCAUGCAAGAGAUUCAUGCUGGAGAAUGUGGUGAGCACCAAGGAAUGAAGAGGCUUUACCGGCAGCUGCUGAGUGUUGGGUAUUAUUGGCCUACAAUGAAGAAUGAUGCAUACAACUUUGUGAAGAGGUGCCACACAUGUCAAGUUCAUGCCAACUUAAGUCAUAAGCCUCCCACGCUGCUGCAAGACAUGCGCACUCCUUGGCCCUUCCAUACUUGGGGGCUUGAUUUGAUCGGGACUAUCCAUCCACCAUCCGACAGCUACAUAUGGAUCCUCACAGCCACCGAAUAUUUCACAAAGUGGGUUGAGGCGGUUCCCUUGCGGAAGGCCACGGGAGCUGCCGUUGCCAAUUUCAUCCGUGAAAAUAUUGUAUGUAGAUUUGGGAUCCCAUACAAGAUUGUCACCGACAAUGGCACCCCGUUUGUCAAUAAGCAAGUAAGCUCGACACUUAGUGGUUAUGGUAUCAAGCAUCGUCGCUCCACGCCUUAUUACCCACAAGGAAAUGGUCAAGCGGAAGCCACGAACAAAACUUUAUUAAGGAUCCUAAGCAAAAUGGUUUAUGAGUAUGAAGGAGGUUGGAGUGUUCACCUGCCGGAUGCUUUAUGGGCCUACCGCACCUCUUCAAGAAGUGCCACAGGUUUCUCGCCCUAUUCACUUGUGUACGGGUCCGAUGCCAUUUCACCAGUAGAGAUUACCAUCCCCACUGCCAGAAUAGCAGCUGUUAACGACCUCGAAUGGGAUACAAAGUCAUGCUCGAAAUGGCGCCUGCUGGACCUUGAAGCUUUGGAUGAAAAAAGAGCGGUAGCCGAAAAGAGGACAGCGUUGUACCACAGAACUGUAGCUCAAGCCUAUAACAGGACAGUCAAGCCUCGCGCCUUCAAGCAAGGAGACCUCGUGCUAAAAGUUGCGGAGCAUGUGAGAAGACAAGUGUCGGGACCUUCCAAGUUUGCGCCACAAUGGGAAGGCCCGUUUGCAGUCAAAGAAGUUCACAGCAGCGGCUAUUAUCGCUUGGUCUCUGUCAAAGAAGGCACGCUAACAGACCCCGUCAAUGGGAAGUGGCUCAAGCUCUACUACUGCUAA